AUUUGGGAUAUUCUGAUGUGAUCAGUUUCCAAUCCUUAAACCCUGGGCCAAGAGAAGCUUCACUCAAUGUACCUAAAACCCUAGCUGUCGUCGUGUGUCUCUUAUCAUAUCCAAUUUAAUUGAAGCACAAAGUUCAAUUUUAGUGAAGGAAAGACAGAGAUGGAUGCCAUAGCGGCGGCCCAAGAGCGAUUAAUGCAAGAGAGAUUGAAACACAAAAUUGACCAAAUCAACUCUGCUGCUCAAACCCAACUUGAGCCGGUUCACCAUCAUAUCAAUUUCACUCUCCAGAAAGCGUACUUCAAGUGUGCCUAUGAGUGUUUUGACAGGAGGAGGAAACAGGAAGACAUCGGAAUGUGUACCGAAAACUGCAGUGUACCUGUACUUACUGCUCACCAUAUGGUUGAGGAUGAAAUGGCUCGCUUCCAGGAAAAGUUAAAUAGGUCGCUGAUGGUUUGUCGAGAUAAAUUUGAGACAGCUAAGCUCCAAAAGACCGGUACAGACCCCAUUGUUGAUUUGGAGUCUUGUGUUGACCAGUCAGUCCAGGAAAACAUCAACUCACUUCCAUUUCUUGUUCAAAAAAUGAAGACAUCUUUAUCCAUCAACAAUCAAUCCGACAAUCAGUAAAAUCAUCCUGUAAUAGUAGUCUCUUCAUUUGAUAUAUGUUUGGUGUAUAUCGUUGGCUUAAAGCACAAAUAUAGUAAAUCAUGUUUGUGGUAACUUUGCAGCCUUGAUAUGCAAGAAGCAGGCAAGAGAUGCAAGAAUUAUGUGAGAGUUUUUAUAACAGGAUUUUGUAUGACAACGUAAAGAGGAAUUUUGUAUUGUCCGUUUUCCGGUUU